AUGUGUAAUGUUAAACAUUUUAUUUUUUCAAGAAAUGCACAAUUAUUUUUUCAUCAUUAGUAAAGUCUGCCUCUUUUCAGCACAGUCUUACCGGGGGUUGGGGGAGGGAGACAAACAGAACAUGAAGUCUCCAAAUUUAUGUUCGUACCCUAACCCACUGAUUCUACCUCGCCGUUCAUCAUCUUCCACAACUCACAACAACGCUGUCUAUGCUCAACAACAUCCUUCUCUUCUAACUCAACAACAUUCUCUCAGGUUCGCCGUCCUCGGCGCUGGUUUCGUCGGCCUUUCUGUGGUUUGGCAUUUGUUCAAGCAAAGUUCUAAGGAGUUGAACUUAAAAAUUGAUAUAUUUGAUGAAGUGGGUAUUGGGGGUGGUGCUUCUGGAAUCUCUGGAGGUCUUCUUCAUCCUUAUUCCCCAAAAGGUACAACAUUUCUCAUUUUUCAUCUUCAACUACUGUCUAUGGAUGUAAUGGUUUAUUUUCUUCGCAUUGUUUGGAAUGUCCUGAAUGAUCUAGUUAAGCCUCUCUGGGAGGGUUCUCAGUGUUGGAAAGAAAGCAUCAAGCUUUUGAGAAUUGCCGAAGAAGCUAGUCUUUCCAAAGACUGCACAAUUGAAGACAUGAAAGCUUUUGUGGUUAAUAAAAGGGGUAUCUUACGACCGGCAAUGGAUAUGAAGAACAUGGCCAAGUUGAAUGAUAAUGCCAAGACUUGUUUUCCUUGCUGCAGAGUAGAAACACUUAAUGAUGAAGAGGCACAAGGUCUCUUACCUGGUGUAUUAUUACCAUUUGACACAGCUUUUUUUAUGCCUGAAGCGCUAAAUAUCAAUCCUCAACACUACCUCGAGGCACUUUUUCGAGCAUGUGAGAAUUUAGUGAAAGAAUCAUCUUGUCAGGGCUCUGGGGAGAAACAACUCAGUUUACACAAAAAAUCUGUCUAUGGACUUUCUGAGUUUGAAGGGGAAUACGACGCAGUCAUCAUAUGCCUGGGUGCAAAAGCGAACACCCUUCCUGAGAUUUCUGGGAGGCUUCCUUUAAGGACAUGUAGGGGUGUAAUUUUGAACAUGGAACCACCUGAUAUUACGAGGUGUUAUCCUGAGCAUGGACCUUCCAUAUUAUCAGAUGCAUGGAUAGCUGUUGAGAGCUCUCGGAGUCUAAAAGUGGGCUCAACUUGGGAGUGGAAAUCUAUAAAUUCAUCACCAGAUGUUUCAAUUGACGAAGCUUCAAACGCUCUUCACGAGCUCUUGCCGAAAGCAUCUACUAUAUAUCCUGGAAUAAAGGAUUGGGUUUUCACUGGAGCAAAAGCUGGUCUGAGGGCAAUGCCUCCACUCACUCCUCUAGGAUCGCUUCCACUUUUGGGUUGUAUUAAUGAUUUGAUAGGCAGAAAUCAUAGAUGUAAGUAUUGGUUAUUUGGAGGGUUAGGUUCAAGAGGAUUGUUAUAUCAUGGCUGGCUAGGUAAUUUGAUGGCGCAUGCCGCGCUUUCCUGUAAUGAAGGAGUAAUUCCAUCCGAGUUGACUUCUUGGAAAAACAUUAACCCCAAAUUUUAGCAUUCAACUGUAACUACUCAGAGGACAUCAUAGUUUUGCAGUAUAUUGAAAAAUA